GGGCGGGGCCGGGGCCGGGUCUCCUUAGGGCCCGUCCCAGCGAGGGGGCGGGGCGCAGAUCUGUUUGCCUCAGACACCUUCCGCCCUGGGCCGCCAAGGGAGCGCAAGGUCACGUUAGCCUUAGGCUCCGCCUCCAGCUCGGGUACUAGGCGGUCUAGACCCGAGGCUACCCGGCCCGGAGGCAGGCUUGAGUACCGAGACCAAACGUUGUUCCCUCCCGGACCUCGGGCGCCGGGCCGCGCGCUGACCGACAGCCCCCGCUAGGCCCAGCAGGUCCCCUAGUCCCCCGCAGUGUCCCGCAGUCCCCCGAGACUCGCCGAGCGCCGUUGCUGAGCCCUGCGAAUAGCAGCUACCUGCUUCAGCCUAGAUCCUGCCAUGAAGUGGGCUGCCGCUCCCUGGCUCCCACUCUGAUCCACUUUUCACUCUUACCUUGUCUCCCAAUGAAUAAGCAGGGUGGCCACUGCAACGGGUGUGGAUGUGCCGGACAAGAUGAAGAGCCGAAUCCCUGUGGUUCUCCUGGCCUGUGGCUCCUUUAACCCCAUCACCAACAUGCACCUGCGCUUGUUUGAGGUGGCCAGAGAUCACCUACACCAAACAGGAAUGUACCAGGUCAUCCAGGGUAUCAUCUCUCCUGUCAACGACAACUAUGGGAAGAAAGACCUCGCAGCUUCUCAUCACCGAGUGGCAAUGGCCCGGCUGGCCCUGCAGACAUCCGACUGGAUCCGGGUGGACCCCUGGGAGAGUGAGCAGACACAGUGGAUGGAGACAGUGAAGGUGCUGAGGCAUCAUCACAGCGAACUGCUCAGAUCUCCACCCCAGAUGGAAGGCCCAGACCAUGGCAAAACACUCUCCCCAACCCCUGCAGCUGUGCCUGAGCUGAAGCUUCUCUGCGGGGCAGACGUCUUGAAGACCUUCCAGACCCCCAACCUCUGGAAGGAUGCGCACAUCCAGGAAAUAGUGGAGAAGUUUGGCUUGGUGUGUGUGGGCCGGGCAGGUCACGACCCAAAAGGGUACAUCUCAGAAUCUCCCAUCCUACGGAUGCACCAGCACAACAUUCACCUGGCCAAGGAGCCCGUGCAGAAUGAGAUCAGUGCCACGUACAUCAGGCGAGCUUUGGACCAAGGGCAGAGUGUAAAGUACCUGAUCCCCGAUGCUGUCAUCACCUACAUCAAGGACCAUGGCCUCUACACCAAGGACAGUGCCUGGAAAGGCAAAAGCACCCAGAGCGCUGAGGGCAAGACAAGCUAGGGAGGGGGGACUCGACCCACACCCCCUCCAGCAAGCUCCUGCUGAGGAUAGGGCUGUUAAGGUUUCUGUUUUACUUUGGUUUUUGCUUCUCCAUUUUUCAUUUGCUUUAUUUCUACAAUGUUUCUACUUCCAAGGAGUCUUCUGUCCCAGAAAGAGACACCUUCUUUGCAGGAGAGGAAAGGUCUAAAUCACAAGGAUAGACAUUUAUCAAAGAAGUUAAAAUGGUGUGGCAGGCCAUUAGGAUUAGGCAGAAUCUCUCAGAGCUGCUGGACAAGGAGGCCUACUUAUUUUGUGUGGAUGGUAAUUAUGGCGUGCACACUGCAGUUCUGAGCGUGGCAGGGGCCCCUGAGGGUCAGAUCAGAAUUGCCCACAGUGCGUUUUUUAACUAGGACCAGGUGCAGCAUGCUAGUCUUGAUUGGAAAGAUUUGACAGGAUGCUAAUUACUGAACAGUGGGUUUUUGUCAACGCCCUGGUUUCAGAAUAUGAACUGAGGAGUCAAACAGUUGGAAACCACACAUUGCUGAUUUACAUUGGAUCUCGCCUUACAAACCAUUGUCUGCCUGCCUCACCAGCCUUUCAUAAAAUUUAAACAAAACUCUUUCUACGUAGUGAUCCUCAAGCAGUAUUUUUGAUAUAGCAAGUGUCAAACUUGCUAUAGUAUAAAAGCCGGGGCUCCUGGUUUCCAGGUUUCUAAAAAGGAACUGAGGUAAAACAGAUGCCUGACUGUUUUAAAGGAUCUUUUUUUAAUGUUUUAUGACUGCCUGUCUGUUUCAAUACUGGCAAAGGGAUAAAUAAUAAAUUGACAUCAAAAAGUA